GGCGGAGCGUCACCCCCGAUGAGUCGGCGCUGAUCGCUGAGGGGAAAAACCCAGCGCGGAGCAGGCAGAGCCGAAGCGACCCUCGCCGCCACCGCGCCAGCCCACAUCGCCGCCAUGGCCUCGGGACCCGAUUCCAAAGCUGAUGACUUAUCAACUGCAAUUCUGAAGCAGAAGAACCGGCCCAAUCGGUUAAUUGUGGAUGAAGCAAUCAAUGAGGACAACAGUGUGGUGUCACUGUCACAGGCCAAGAUGGAUGAACUGCAGCUCUUCCGGGGAGACACAGUGCUGCUCAAAGGCAAGAAGAGGCGAGAGGCCGUCUGCAUCGUGCUCUCCGAUGACUCCUGCUCGGAUGAGAAGAUCCGCAUGAACCGGGUGGUCCGCAACAACCUGCGGGUGCGACUUGGAGACGUCAUCAGCAUCCAGCCUUGUCCGGAUGUGAAGUACGGAAAGCGCAUCCAUGUGCUGCCCAUCGAUGACACCGUGGAAGGGAUCACAGGGAACCUCUUCGAGGUCUACCUCAAGCCAUACUUCCUGGAGGCCUACAGGCCCAUCAGAAAAGGGGACAUUUUCCUGGUGCGUGGAGGAAUGCGCGCAGUGGAAUUCAAGGUGGUGGAGACAGACCCCAGCCCCUACUGCAUAGUCGCUCCGGAUACGGUGAUUCACUGUGAGGGAGAACCUAUCAAGCGAGAGGAUGAAGAGGAAUCCCUGAACGAAGUGGGCUAUGACGACAUCGGAGGCUGCCGGAAGCAGCUGGCUCAGAUCAAGGAGAUGGUGGAGCUCCCACUUCGACACCCGGCUCUCUUCAAGGCGAUUGGGGUGAAGCCUCCCCGUGGAAUCCUCCUGUACGGUCCGCCUGGCACUGGGAAGACCUUGAUUGCCAGAGCCGUGGCUAAUGAGACCGGAGCAUUUUUCUUCCUAAUCAAUGGUCCCGAGAUCAUGAGCAAGCUGGCAGGAGAGUCGGAGAGCAACCUGCGGAAGGCCUUCGAGGAAGCCGAGAAGAACGCUCCUGCCAUCAUCUUCAUUGACGAACUGGAUGCCAUUGCGCCAAAGAGGGAGAAGGUGGGGGCCUUGCAGCCUUCCGUGCAGAGGGGGGGGGACAGCACCGUUAGGGGGAAUAGACCCUCACCCCCACCCACCCCCAGGGGAAGGCAAGGAAGAGACUCGGCCUUAAGUAUAGGCCCAGCUGAAGGGUUGCUUUGGGGGGCUUCCCAGACCCUCCCGGCCCAGAGAGAAAGAUCGGACGGACGAAGCUUUGGUCUCAGGGACCGAGUCCGAUCGGAUCCUGCCAGCUCUCUCCUCCUUGCAGGGCAGGUGCCGCAGCGGGAGGGCAGCGAGAUGCGGGCACGGCUCUACCUGAACCUCGGCCUGAUCUACGACAGCUUGAGGAACCCAGCUAUGCGCACCUCCUACUUCAAGAAGAGCAUCUACAUCUCAGAGCAGGCCCACCUGUCGGAAGACCUCUUCCGCGCCUACUUCAACCUGGGCAACAUCCACCUGCGGGAGAAGGAGCAUUCACAGGCCAUGCGCUGCCUGGAGCGAGCCCGGGAGUGCGCCUGUAAGAUGAAGGAGAAAUACAUGGAGAGCGAGUGUUACACCAGCAUUGCCCAGGUCCUGCUGGGUCUGGGGGACUUCCUAGCCGCCAAGCGCUCCCUGAGGAAGGCCUACCGCCUGGGCUCCUCUCAGCCGCAGCAGCGGGACAGCGUUGCCCGCAACCUGCGCUACGCCCUGCUGGCAGGUGGGCCCUCGGACGCUGCAGAGGGUUCGGCUCUCUCUAGGGAGACCGGCAAAGGUGAUGGUUGCUCUUGGUCCACUGCAGGCCGCUUUGACCGGGAGGUGGACAUCGGCAUCCCUGACGCUACUGGCCGCCUGGAGAUCUUGCAGAUCCACACCAAGAACAUGAAGUUGGCCGAUGAUGUUGAUCUGGAGCAGGUGGCCAAUGAGACCCACGGCCAUGUGGGGGCUGACCUGGCUGCGCUGUGCUCAGAGGCGGCUCUGCAGGCCAUCCGGAAGAAGAUGGACCUGAUUGACCUUGAAGAUGAGACCAUCGAUGCCGAAGUGAUGAACUCCUUGGCCGUCACCAUGGACGACUUCCGGUGGGCGCUAAGCCAGAGCAAUCCCUCGGCCCUGCGUGAGACCGUAGUGGAAGUCCCACAGGUGACCUGGCAAGACAUCGGGGGCCUGGAAGACGUCAAGCGGGAACUCCAGGAGCUGGUUCAGUACCCGGUGGAGCAUCCUGACAAAUUCCUCAAGUUUGGCAUGACCCCGUCUAAAGGAGUCCUGUUUUAUGGCCCCCCUGGCUGUGGAAAGACCCUGCUAGCCAAAGCCAUUGCCAAUGAAUGCCAGGCCAACUUCAUCUCCAUCAAGGGCCCAGAGCUGCUCACCAUGUGGUUUGGAGAGUCGGAGGCCAACGUGCGCGAGAUCUUCGACAAGGCCCGCCAAGCAGCUCCCUGCGUGCUGUUCUUUGAUGAGCUGGAUUCCAUUGCCAAGGCCCGUGGGGGGAACAUUGGCGACGGCGGUGGUGCCGCCGACCGAGUGAUCAACCAGAUCCUGACGGAGAUGGAUGGCAUGUCGACCAAGAAGAACGUCUUCAUCAUUGGCGCCACCAACCGGCCAGACAUCAUUGACCCGGCUAUCCUGCGCCCUGGACGCCUGGACCAGCUCAUCUACAUUCCUCUGCCUGACGAGAAGUCUCGUGUGGCCAUCCUCAAGGCCAACCUGCGGAAAUCCCCCGUCGCCAAGGACGUGGAUCUGGACUUCCUGGCUAAAAUGACCAACGGCUUCUCGGGAGCUGACCUGACGGAGAUUUGCCAGCGGGCUUGCAAGCUGGCCAUCCGCGAGUCGAUCGAGAGCGAGAUCAGGCGGGAACGGGAGAGGCAGACCAACCCCUCGGCCAUGGAAGUCGAGGAGGACGACCCGGUCCCCGAGAUCCGUCGGGAUCAUUUUGAGGAAGCCAUGCGUUUUGCCCGCCGGUCAGUCAGCGACAAUGACAUCCGCAAAUACGAGAUGUUUGCACAGACUCUGCAGCAGAGCCGUGGCUUCGGCAGCUUCAG